UCAUAAAACGUGCUCCGAGGCUUCAUUCCACUUUCGUUUUUCCUCCCACUCGCACCCCGGCCUCUCUCUCUCUCUCUCUGCAGAGAAAAUUCCCUCUUUGAUGAGCUUUUCAAUUCCACGUCAGAAUUCAUUUCCUCAAGAUCCUAAGCUUUCUAGAUUACGAUUGUGGUAGACUCCAGGCUUUCAAGUUUCAACAAUCAAGUUCAUUCUAUAACUGCUAUAUAUACCUCUGGCUGCUGUAACUUUGGGAGGACCUGUUAAGUCUACACCUCCAAUCCAGGAUUGGGUUUGAAUUGGAUUCAUGUUUAAGUUUAUUAUUUCUUAUGCCCGUUUCGCUAUUGGGCCUUCCAGACUUACACUGCAGCUACUAGAUGAUUUUACAAUCUGCUUCUGCUAGCUUUGACUUCUUGCAGAUAUUUCCUUACGUUUGCCCAUGUAGUAACUUGAGUGCGAUUAAUGGUUCAAGGAACCAGAGUUUUCUGACGUUUCCCAUGUCUCGAAGAAGAAGGAAAGGAUUAUUUGCCAAUUCAGGGUAUCGAAAAUUUCGAAGGAAAUGGGGGUUUCGCCUGUGCGCAAUACCCACAGAUGGUUCUAACCGAAACUGGAAUGCAGAAUUCGCAAAUUCUACGAGAAGGGCUGCAAAAACUUUCGUCUUGAAACGGGUUUCUAAUGAAUUGGAGGGGGAUGAAUUGUCCCAAGAAUCGCCGAUUCAGUUGAGCUCCAACUUUACCAAUUUCCGAGAAGACCCUAUUGUAGAUAAGCUAAGAACCCAACUGGGAGUGAUACAUCCGAUACCAUCGCCACCAAUUAACCGUAACGUGGUUGGCUUGUUUGUGUUCUUUUUCUUUGUUGGGGUUGCUUUUGAUAAGCUCUGGACCUCAAGGAGGAGAAGCAAAGUUGGGAGCGUAGACACCCGUCGUGGUGUGUGGCCACAGGUGCCCACCAGCUUUUCAUUGUUUCUAGAGAAGGAUUUGCAGAGAAAAGAGUCAGUUGAAUGGGUGAACAUGGUGUUGGUGAAAUUGUGGAAGGUCUACAGAGCUGGGAUUGAAAAUUGGAUCAUCGGACUGCUUCAGCCUGUUAUCGACGACUUAAAGAAACCGGAUUACGUAGAGAGGGUUGAGAUAAAGCAAUUCUCACUGGGGGAUGAGCCAUUAUCAGUUAGAAAUGUGGAGCGAAGGACUUCUCGUCGGGCAAAUGAUUUGCAGUACCAAAUAGGCCUUAGGUAUACCGGUGGUGCUCGCAUGCUGCUGAUGCUUUCGCUAAAAUUUGGCAUUUUCCCAAUUGCUGUGCCUGUUGGGGUUCGAGAUUUUGACAUUGAUGGUGAACUAUGGGUAAAAUUGCGACUAAUCCCAACGGAGCCUUGGGUGGGAGCUGUUUCAUGGGCUUUUGUUUCACUUCCAAAGAUCAAGUUUGAGUUGUCACCAUUCCGUUUAUUCAAUUUAAUGGCAAUUCCAGUUCUCUCAAUGUUUUUGACAAAACUCCUCACUGAAGAUUUACCUCGGCUAUUUGUACGUCCAAAGAAAAUUGUAUUGGAUUUCCAGAAGGGAAAAGCUGUUGGUCCUCUUUCUGAUUAUGUAAAAUCUGGAGAAUUGCAAGACGGAAACAAGGAUUUUGUUGGCGAACUAUCCGUCACUCUUGUUGAUGCUAGAAAGCUUUCUUAUUUUUUCUAUGGAAAGACGGAUCCGUAUGUUAUUCUUACCCUUGGAGAUCAAACUAUUCGAAGCAAAAAGAACAGUCAAACUACUGUGUUUGGUCCCCCUGGUAUGCCAAUUUGGAACCAGGAUUUUCAUAUGCUUGUCACUAACCCUAAGAAGCAGAAAUUACACAUCCAAGUAAAGGAUUCGUUGGGAUUUAUGGAUUUGACUGCUGGAACUGGUGAGAUUGAUCUGGGAUCUCUCCAAGAUACUGUACCAACAGACCGGGUUGUGGUUUUGCAAGGUGGCUGGGGGAUUUUGGGAAAGGGCUCUUCAGGGGAGAUAUUGCUACGACUAACUUAUAAAGCAUAUGUGGAGGAUGAGGAAGACGACAAGACCGACUCCACUGAUACAGAUGCUUCAGAUGAUGAGUUGUCUGAUUCAGAGGAAUCAAGUGGUACUGAUGAGAAGGGUGAAAGAGAUGCUAUGAGUGAAAGAGAGUCAUUUAUGGAUGUUUUGGCAGCAUUAAUUGUUAGUGAAGAAUUCCAAGGUAUAGUGGCAUCUGAAACAGGGUAUGCCAAAACUUUGGGUGACAGCUUAAGUACAGGGUCUAAUGUUUCAAGGUCCAGUCCUAAUGUGGAACCAAAUCCUUCAAAUUCUGAUAGUUCUGAAGGUUCGACAGGGUUAGCCUUACUCUGGCUUGCUGUGAUUACUAGCAUAUCAAUCCUAAUUGCUAUCAAUAUUGGAGGUUCAAGUAUUUUCAAUCCUUGACAUGGUGUUGUGCUGCUUCCACGACAUAGAUUUGUUCUUCUCAAAGUAAUUCUUGAAGCCCCUCGUCAUAGAUUCCUAAUUUUGACUAUUUGACUUGGAUUAUGAUUUUUUUAAAGUACCAAAUACUUGCCCCCUUUGUUUUUUAGUUCUGAUGUUCCUUAGCCCUAUCACAUCUGUUUAUCCAUUUGAUGUGUGGUUUUGACUGCAUGCUUAUGCAUGUUUCGGCUACGAGAACUGGACCAGAGUUUUUGGAGGCCGCAAUUAAUGGCCAGUAACAUACCUUUGAAUUAAUUUGCAAUGCUUUGCAACUCCAGUCUCCUGAAUAUUGCUCCCCUUAGAAUUUAAUGAUGAGAAAUCAAAAGUUAAGCAAGACCUUGUGACGAAGAAACGUGAUCCUUUAAGUUUUGGAUGAAAUAUAACAUAUAUGCAUUUCAAUGUCAA